GUUUGAAUAUCAUAAGUGUUAUCGUUUCUUUUUUUUCACUGAGGUCUUCCUGUCAAGAAAUUUCUAUAAUUUUAGUGUUCGUAUUUUCAUAUAGCAUUUGUAUUGGUGAAUAGACAUUUUUUAAAUCAGUAAUUUGAACAUCGCCAUUGCUUUUACCGCCUUUUGUGACCGUUUGUUGGCUUCUACUGUCUUGUCAGUUAUCCGUACCGCCAUGUUGGUUGUUUUCAUGUUAUGGAAGAAUGGUUCAACUGAAUAGACCGAUUUUAAAUAUAUAAGUUUUGUUACAUUUUAUCUUCAUUUUUAUUAUUUUUAUAACAUGUUAAUCUUUAUUUUCUACGUUGUGUUACUUAGUUAAACGCCUCAGUUUCUACAGAGUUUGUAUAAGGAAUGAAUAAGUAAAUCAUAAAUGUAUAAUGACACUUGUUUUCGUGGUGGUGAAACAUAAGGUGAAAAUGAGAUAUAAGAGUGUACAAAGUGAGGAGGUCCUGUGAUGCGCUAUGGCUCGUCAUCCGUGUGGUAUCUGUAAAGUUCACGUGUUGGAUACUGACGAGGCUAUACAGUGCGAUGGUCAGUGUUCGUUGUGGCAUCACAGAGAAUGUUUGGGAAUGACAUUAGACGUUUACUUAAAGCUUAGUAAGGGGCAAGAAGAUUGGGUUUGUAGAAAGUGUAAAAAAUUAACACGUGAGAUUAAACAGGAGGUCGACCCUGCAGACAGGCGAAGGCACAAAGAACCUGAUAUGGGGAAGACCAAAGUGGAAUGUAAGAAAUUGGAAACUCUGACGGGGACACAAAAGUGCGUGUUCUGUCACACCCAAGAUAUUGACGAACUGAAGUAUGGGCCCAUAUACAUGCACAAAAACAUCAUCACUCACUAUUAUUGUCUGCUCUUGUCAUCUAAUAUGGGGCAGAAUGGAAGAGAUUGCGAUGGUAUUCUCGGUUUCCUUCCCAACGAUAUCAACAAAGAAGUCAGGAGAGGAAUGCGACUGUAUUGUUCAUUCUGUCGAGAAGGAGGAGCUACGUUGGGCUGUGAUAUCUCCAGGUGUAAGGUGGUGUUCCACUUGCCUUGUGGCAUGAAGCAUGGCACCCUUCAUCAAUUCUUCGGUGAAUUCAAAUCCUUUUGUGCGAAACACCGGCCAGUACAGAGGAUAAGUGAGAAGAUCUUGGCGGAAUCAAGUAAAGGCGCAAUGUGUGGCAUUUGUUACGAGAAAGUGAUACCUCGCCCCAUCCACGAGACUCUGUGGGCACCUUGUUGUCAGAAGAGUGCGUUCUUCCACAGAGACUGCGUACAAAAAUUAGCUACGAGUGCCGGUUAUUUCUUCAAAUGUCCGCUCUGCAAUAAUAAGGAUGUAUUUCAACAGUCCAUGAAGGAGUUUGGAAUAUACAUUCCUGAACAGUAAGUGUUUUUUUAUGUAUAGAA